AUGGAGGAGACGGCGCCGGACCAAGACUUCGUCCAAGUCGCCGCGGCCGUCCCUUCAUCCCAGGAAACGACCAUUCUUGGUUCUCAAGAAACCGAGUCUCAAGAAGCCCUCCCGCUAGCUCAAGCAUCUCCAGACCAAGCAUGCUUCCCCGAUGACCCGCCUUCGCCCAUGGUCUUGCCGCCUUAUGCAUCGCCUGUGGAGCUCCCGUCUCAGUCGCCCCCUCCGUCCGAGCCCGGCUCUGACUACGUCCCGUCGGAGUACGAAGGUCAUUACGUCUCGUCAUCGGAGCAUCUAUCGUCAGCCACAAUGCUGAACCAUCGCCGAGGUGAAGGUCGUGAUGAAGGCGGAGUUGGUACUGCCGAGGCUCUCGAUGUAUGUCCUUGUCUGGAAGGAUCAUCGCUGCCGAGUCUCUCGAUGGCGCUAGUGAUCCUUUUAAAGAUGAGAUCCGAUAUACCAAUACGAUCUGGAUGGAAGGCGUUAGGUUAG